AUUCUGACGUCAAGGCUGCUGUCAGCUUCUAGCAGGCGAUUGCUUUGUCUCCACGCCCAUCUCCUGAUGCUUUUCUAUCUCAUUCCCCUCUCCCGAUCAGUUAUUUUGUUUUGUAACCGAUCAAGUGACACGGACAAGACGGAGACCACAACCCUCCAAAAGCAGCGAUGGGAGACGCAAGCCGCAAAGCAGAGACAAUGGAUAUCCUGGGACAUACUUGUUCCAAUGCGGAUGAGUUAACCAAUGACCACUACCUUAAAAAAGGUGCGAUCCUGGUGGAUGGUGUGGUCUUGAAUGGGCCUCUUUUGGAUGCAAAAGCAGGAGAGAAGUUUGUUGAGGAGGCAUUCCCAAUCAUUAUGGAAGAUGCCAUAAAGAAGGCAACUGAUGUCAAUGAAAAGGUGUGUGAAUGGCAGCCUCCAGAAGAGCUGAUGAAACUUCUUGACCUGGAACUGAGGGACACAGGAGAAUCUCAUCAUCAGCUGCUACAACGCUGUCGGGAUGUUAUCAAGUAUAGUGUGAAAACAGGCCAUCCAAGAUUCUAUAACCAGCUAUAUGCUGGGAUGGAUCAUUAUUCUCUUGUAGCCCGCUUUGUCACAGAGGCCCUCAAUCCAAGCAUCUACACUUAUGAGGUUGCACCGGUCUUUGUUCUCAUGGAGGAAGUAGUUUUAAAGAAGAUGAGGGAGCUUAUAGGCUGGACAGAGGGAGAUGGUAUCUUCAGCCCUGGAGGCUCAGUUUCUAACAUGUAUGCUGUAAAUCUAGCCCGGUACAAGUGCUGUCCAGAGCUAAAGGAGAAUGGGCUUUCAGGUUCGCCCCCUUUGGCAAUGUUCACAUCUGAGGAGAGUCACUACUCUGUGAAAAAAGCUGCUGCCUUCCUUGGAAUUGGCAUUCGAAAUGUCUACAUGGUGAAAGCUGACAAAAGAGGAAAGGUGAUUCCAGAAGAGCUGGAGAAAGAAAUCCAAACAGCCAAGAAAGAAGGGGCUUUGCCUUUUAUAGUCGUUGCCACCGCAGGAACCACAGUUUUGGGAGCAUUUGACCCCCUAAAUGAAAUUGCAGACAUUUGUGAAGCACAUGGGGUCUGGUUCCACGUUGAUGCAUCAUGGGGUGGUGGUGCAUUGAUAUCCAGAAAACAUCGUUCUCUCCUGAAUGGUAUCCACAGAGCUGAUUCGGUGGCCUGGAAUCCUCACAAGAUGCUGAUGGCCGGUAUCCAGUGCUGUGCUUUCCUUUUGAAGGACAACACUGGCUUAAUUGACAGAUGCCACUGUGGUCAGGCUGGGUAUCUCUUCCAACAGGAUAAGUUCUACAACAUUGAUUAUGAUAAAGGUGACAAGUCGAUCCAGUGCAGCCGGAGGGCUGAUGCUUUCAAAUUCUGGUUGACAUGGAAAGCUGUUGGAUCAAGUGGACUGGAGGAGAGAGUCAAUCGGGCUUUUGCAUCUGCCAGGUAUUUGGCUGAUGAAAUUAAGAAGAAGAAAGAAUUCCGACUGCUUAUGGAGCCGGAGUACACAAAUGUCUGCUUUUGGUACAUACCACCCAGCCUUAGGGAUGUGCCCGAAGAUCAGGAUUUCUGGAAGAAGCUUCACAUGGUUGCACCAGUAAUCAAGGAAAGGAUGAUGAAGAAAGGCAGUAUGAUGGUGGGUUACCAACCUCAUCGUGACAAAGUCAACUUCUUCCGUCAAAUCAUCAUUAGUCCCCUGGUCAGCCGUGAGGAUAUGGACUUCAUUCUCAAUGAAAUUGACAGCCUGGGGAAGGAUUUAUAAUUUGGAUUUAAAGAGUAGAUGAUAAGCUAUGUUUACAGUUACAUUAUUUUACCUGAAACAAUUUGAAGUUAUUCAGAGUUUAGCUUAGAAAACUGAGCAAAAUUGACUUGUAUUCAUUUUAGCAUGAGCAAGAUUAACUUUGUAGUAGAUUUCACCCUUCAGUACCUGUAAACUUGCUUGUUUUGCAGAGCAAUUGAGGCUUAGUAGAAUCUGACAGAAAAUGGUUCUGACCUAUACUUGUAUUCAGUUGUUGUUAUUUAAUGUUAUCAUAUAAAUGUCCAUGCAGACACAUUGGUGUACAUCUUUGGAACCUAUAUGUGCCUGAAUUUCAAAAGAAAAUCAGAGUACCCAUGAAUUUACCGACAAUUUACUAAAUUCUCUCCUUUUUGUUACUGGAGCCAUAUGUCCAAAAACAGGAAUAUUGAUUCAUGGAAAAAGAAUGAGGCCUCAAUUACAAAGCUUAAUAUCAAAAUACUUAUUCUAUUGCCCUAUUGACACUUUAAUUCUGACCAAUAGGUUAAGCUUCAAUUUAAAAUGGUGCUUACCUUUUGUUUGCUAAUCUAUAUGCCUUUAAAAUGAAAUUCCCAUCCCACCUCUGUGGUUUGGCAAUGGAAUAAAUGUAAUUGUGGGCCCAAGAAAGAACAGUCAAUUAAGAAACAGUCUUCCCAGUGCUGGAAAUUUUCUAGGUGAUGGCAGAGUCAGGAGGGUGCUGGUAAGCAGGUCUUAAGGUACUUGGGAGAACCAAACCAAAACAUGCUUUACCUUACUUGAUGACAAAACCCAGGCCACAAGGCCAAGGGCCAUGAUGCAGGAGUAGGAAGCUCCAAAUCAGCAAAGGAUGUCACCAAUAUUACUGGCAUGAGGGAGAAAACAAGCUAUUCUUUUUGUUAGAGUAUUAGAUUAUAAUUGAGAAAAGUAAAUAUUGUUGCUGAGUAUUGUGUAUUGUGUUGUCAGUUACAAGAACAACUAUAAGCUUGUCAAAUUGUGUUCCUUAUUGAAGACUGGGCGACUAGUGUUUGCCAACUGUGCAAUACUAAAUAGGUGCAGCUUUGUGUAGUAGUCAUGACACAUGGUAUAUUGGCACUGCAUUGAUAGUAACAGUGAGGUGAUUGUUACAUUAAGCAACAGCCAGGUCACUUCAGUAGUUUCUCAAAAUUAUUACUGCAGUUUAGUAGAUAUUUUAGAGAAACAAUUUUCCUUGCACUUAUACAUUUUAGGGAAUUGCAAAAAUAUCUCUUAAAGGGACACUUUCUCAGAGUGUGACUUCAGCCAUCUAAAUGCCUACUCAAGAUUCGAGUAUAGUACUUCUGACUGUUGUGAACUGCAUGCUUUUACAUAGAAUUUUUAUUUGAAAACUUUCUAAAGUAACUUUUUACUAGAACGAUUGCUCCAGAUGAACAGCACUGCUAUUAGAUUAUGCUGAGUCUUAUUAGUGAAAUGCAUUGUCUGUAAUAAGGUAUUAUUAUAUUGUGGUGACCCACAUUUGCCAUAAAACGAAAGAGCACCUUUUAAAAUGGCAAUUUUAUCAGUGUAAUAGUGCUUUUGAUUGGCCCAUUGGUAGGCAAUACACUACUUUGAUCUGUUUAGAUGAUAACAGAGAUGUGAGCUUAAAAUAUUUUGCAUUUAAUUGUAAAGGUUAGGAUAGCGAUGGGCAAGGAGAAAACUUAAGAAAUGUCCUCAAUAAUUUUAUUCUUAGAGCUGGCUUCUAUUUCUGGAUGAAGUUUAAAGUUCUUUCCAGGGUGUAUUAGAAAAGACAAAAUCUUGCAUUGAGGUUUUCUUUUUCAUUACUUUUUUUAAAUGAGGUUUUUGGUUUAUUUAAACAGCACUUACUGUUUUUUGUGGAAUUUGUUCUAUUUAUUGCUAUGUUUUCUGUGAAGGAUUUUUUUUUAAAAAAGAGAGAUUUUAUGGAGUGUUACAUUGUUGACUGAACUGUAGCCUGUAUUGGAGGUAUGUUUACAUGUCAGUGGAAAGGGGAAGGGGAAAAGAUUUGUGGCGAGUUACUGACAAUGAACAAACAAAUAUAAAAAAAAUUGAAGAUGUAUUUACUUGCAGUCUGGUAAUUUAAGUGACAGUUUACCCAUGCAUGAAAUGUGUGUGUCUAUGUCUUUCUAUGUAUAGUGUAUUAAAUACACCUCACCAUUAUUUAUGAAAUCAGUUCGUGAGAACAUUGUUAUAAGGCCAAUGAUUUGUUCUCAGAAGUUAUUCAAUUUCAUGUUUUUAUAAUGGGCUUUACGUGAAAUUUUCAGUGUUCUGUAGAAGUGGAAUUAUAAGGUUAGAGUGUAUAUGUGAUACUUAAACAUAUGCAUGCGUGCAUACACACAGGGUGCAAAUGUAAAAUUACAUUAUUGAAUAUAAAUUGUCAGAUGGUGUUUAACUAUAAUGGAAAGACAAAAUUCCAUUUAAAAUGUGAGGGUGGAAUCAAAAAUGUGAUGUUUUUCAGGCUUGUUAACAGGAAAAUGGAAGGGAAUGAAUCACAAUGGUGAGGUUUCUCUUAUACCUGUAAACUGUUCACUUUGUAUAAUUUCUUUUACCAAAAAUAAAGCAGCUGAACCACUGACAAGUGAAAUUUGGAGGCGAAAUGCCUAUAUUGUUUGUCUCUAGAGUUUCAGGCAACUGAUACAAGGUUAAAUGAUUUCAAACUUUUAGUGGAAAAAGGUGCAUAUCAUAAAGUUGGGCCAUGGAAAUUCACCUCAAAUUUAGAGGUUAGUCACUAAAUGAGAACUUUCUUUAUCUUGCAAAUAUUCAACAAUUCAAGUGUCUUUAACUGAGGGAAUAUUAGUAUUUCUUGAAUAGAAAGACAGUUCAAACUUCUAAAGAUAUCUUAAUAAAUCUGGUGAGUCAGUCUGUUUCAAAUGACACUACUGUAUUUAUUGGAUCCGAAAGGUAACAUGACGUAAAGGUACCAGUGCCGGACUGGGGUGGACAAGGUCAGCAGGCACACAACACCACGUUACAGUCAAACAGGUUCAUUUGAACUAACAAGCUUUUUGAGUCACUUCACCCAAUGAAGAGGCAGCACAACGAAAGCUUGCAAUUUCAAAUAAACCCAUUGGACUAUAACCUGGUGUUGUAUGACUUUUGACCUUAUUGGAUCUUGAUCAUGUCGUCAAAAGUCAUCAAAUUUCAAUUUUCUAUUCAGAUUUUCUCAAAGUACUAAACCCUAUUCCAACUUUCCUAUUAUAUCUCUCUGGACAAUAGUAGUUCGAGAUGAUUUACGCUGAAGACUUUAUUCCCUCAAAUUCUUUUUAAUCAUCUCACCAAAAAAAAAUCCCAGUUUUAACAGUGACAGGUGUUUUUGUUGGGGAACCUAUUGAGAUUAUAAUAGGGCGAGAUAUUAAUAUCUGGUCAUAUAUUGAUUUUCAUGGUCCAUUGCUUUUAUUCUGACCUCUACCAGCUAAUAGUGAUACUGUUUUCAUCAGGUUAUUUUGUUAUAAUUUAUUGAUGGGCAUGUUGAAUUGUUUUUGUUGUUCUGUUGAGGAAAUGUAAAACUGACUAGUCAAAUGGCACACCAAGAUUUAUUGGUAAUAAAAUAUCUCCCUGCCUAUCCAUGUGAUGGGGACAGGAGGGAAAAUAAAGCCCAUUAGUAAACUGCCAGGUAGAAUUUGUUUCUUGACUGAACUUACUGAUAAAUCAAGACAUCCAGCAAGAGGACUUCUGUUGAUCGUUGUAAUAACUUCACAGCUUGACUUUGCCAGAUAACUUGUAAAACACAACAAUUUAAUAAAACUGAAACACUUAUUUACAGAACAAAUUACACGGUCUUUACAUUCCCAGCUCUCCAAUUCAACUGUAGGGCAAGUUCCCAUGCACCUAGUGCAAAUUGCCUCACUCCAUUUCCGAUUGAACUAGGUCACAUGAAUCCUUGUCUCUUAAUGGGGCCAACGACUACAGCUGCAUAUGGCUAGAAUUUUAAAAGCAUGUUCAACAACCAUAUUCAUGAUACUAACCCAAACAAAACACAGGAAAUCUUCCUCCUUGAUGAUGGUAAAGGAACAUUUAGCAAAGAUUGGAUUACAUCAGAGACCAUCCUAAAAAUCAAAUCUGUGAUUGGUCAGCUCCAUCUAGGAUGAUUUUGAAUUGUCUUGGUAAUUCAAGAGCAUUAGACAUUAAAUUGCUGCAAGAAACAUCCCAGCAGAAACAUCUAAAUUUAAAAAUAUUGUUUUUAAAAUGUUCUUUAAACACUUAGCCAUAAAAAUAUUGAACAUAAAAGAAAAGGCUUUUUGAAUGAGUCAAAAAUGUUUCAAUCAGGUCACAGAGAAUCUAUCCACUUUCUGACUGGAUGUGAAGUAAGUGCAUUAUGAAAGUGGGCAACCAAUGGCAGCAAUGUCAGAGCAGAACAGUUGGAGGUAGCAGGUCACCUCUUGGUUUGCGUCCAAUCACGUUUGCCAAUCUUAGAUCCUUAUCUGGCUUUGCCAAUUUGCAAUAAAUUU